AUGCCAAAGCAGAUUGGCAUGUGGGAGCACACACCAAUCUGCAGGAAAUCUACCCUGCUGCAGAUUGGUGUGCUCUCCCACAGGACAAUCUGCUUUGGCAUGCAGUUCCACGUGCCAAUCUGCUUUGGCAUGUGGUUCCACAUUCCAAUCUACUUUGGCAUGCAGUUCCAAACUCCCAUUCUCAGGGGAGUGUGGGAAAGGAACACAGGAGUAGCCUGUGAUCCUCCUUGCAUCCAGAGUCGCUAUCGAGUCUUCAAACUUGAAGACUGGAUAGGGAUCGAGGCAGAAAAUUGUAAAAAAGUGACCCGGAUGGCGACUCCGGUGGGUCAUCUUUUUCAAGUUUGGGUCGCUAAAUGUGGGAUAGCGACCCAAUUUAGCGACCCCCGUGGAGAUGCUCUAAGGGGCUGCACAGCUUGCCAAUUUUUAUGCAUCUUUUAA